GACAAAAUUGGACUUAUCAAUAUCUGUCGCAAUAUUUUUCUAGCAUUUAAUGAUGAGGAUGAUGAUGAUAAGGAAGAGAAUUUCGAUUCAUUAUUUCGCAAACAGGAUCAGUUUCGCAGAUGUAAAAUUUCUCGAAAUGAGCAAAGAUGA